AUGUUUGGCGCAAUAAGUAGGGUUGGUGGCGGUUUUUUAGCCGCAAAAUCAGUUGCCGAAAAAGCUUUAGCAGAAUGUGGCAAAAUUACAGCAGUCUCUGCUCAAAGGAGAGACUAUGCUGCCAAAGCCGCUGGAAAAGGGCAAGGUAAGGUGGUUGCAGUUAUCGGUGCCGUCGUCGACGUACAGUUUGAGGACAAUCUUCCACCAAUUCUAAAUGCCCUCGAAGUACAGAAUCGCUCCCCCAGGCUCGUCCUGGAAGUGGCGCAGCACUUGGGUGAGAACACCGUACGUACCAUCGCUAUGGACGGUACCGAAGGUCUCGUCCGCGGACAGCCCGUCCUUGACUCCGGGUCUCCCAUCCGUAUCCCAGUCGGUGUCGAGACUCUGGGCCGUAUCAUGAACGUCAUCGGAGAGCCAAUCGACGAGCGCGGCCCCAUCCCGACUGACAAGACUGCCUCAAUCCACGCUGAUGCGCCCGAGUUCGUCGACAUGUCUGUGCAGCAGGAGAUCCUUGUCACCGGCAUUAAGGUCGUAGAUCUGCUUGCGCCCUACGCCAAGGGAGGUAAGAUCGGUCUCUUCGGCGGUGCCGGUGUCGGUAAGACCGUACUUAUCAUGGAACUUAUUAACAAUGUCGCCAAAGCCCACGGUGGUUACUCCGUGUUCGCCGGCGUAGGAGAGCGUACCCGUGAAGGUAACGAUUUGUACCACGAGAUGAUAGAGUCUGGUGUCAUUUCCCUCACGGACAAGACAUCCAAGGUAGCGCUUGUGUACGGUCAGAUGAACGAGCCUCCCGGCGCGCGUGCCCGUGUCGCUUUGACUGGAUUAACCGUCGCCGAGUACUUCCGUGACCAGGAAGGUCAAGAUGUGCUGCUCUUCAUUGACAACAUUUUCCGUUUCACUCAAGCUGGAUCUGAGGUGUCGGCUUUGCUGGGUCGUAUCCCCUCUGCUGUAGGUUACCAACCAACUUUGGCCACUGACAUGGGUACUAUGCAGGAGCGUAUCACUACCACCAAGAAGGGUUCUAUUACCUCUGUACAGGCCAUCUAUGUGCCAGCUGAUGACUUGACAGAUCCUGCCCCUGCUACCACCUUUGCUCACUUGGACGCCACUACUGUGUUAUCUCGUGCUAUUGCUGAAUUAGGUAUCUACCCUGCAGUGGACCCUCUCGACUCCACCUCCCGUAUCAUGGACCCAAACAUUAUUGGAGCAGAGCACUACAAUGUUGCUCGUGGUGUACAAAAGAUUCUGCAGGAUUACAAAUCUCUGCAGGACAUCAUUGCUAUCUUGGGUAUGGAUGAAUUGUCUGAAGAAGAUAAGCUGACAGUAGCUCGUGCACGUAAAAUCCAAAGGUUCCUUUCCCAGCCCUUCCAGGUAGCCGAAGUGUUUACUGGCCAUGCUGGAAAACUUGUGCCUCUUGAGGAAACAAUCAAAGGAUUCUCCAAAAUCCUUCAAGGAGAGUAUGAUCACUUACCUGAAGUUGCAUUCUACAUGGUUGGACCUAUUGAGGAGGUUGUUGCUAAAGCUGAAACUUUGGCCAAGAAUGCA